AUGGCGAACUCGAGACAGAGAAUCGCCAAACGCUCAGCUUCGGCUCCGAUGCCCCGGAAGCUGACAAAGCAGACGUCGUCCUCCAUGUCGAGCUACAAUGCAGACGGUGUCCCGCUAUCAGACGGAAAACCGGAGUACUUAGAACUGUCGGACGACGUGAAAGACUUGCUUGUCAAGCAGAUCUCCACCGCCGUCGAAGACGUACUGGAUAGCAUGAUGCACGAAGGAACCAAGGACGCUCAUUGGCGCAGUAAGAUGCGCAAGGACGACGUCGAAUACUACGAAGACAGAGAGAGCGUGACCAAAGGACAGUCGCGUUUCUGCUGCGUGAGCGCCACGGACGCUUCUGUUGAGGACGUCAUCAACCUGUUCCUGGUGUCCGACACCGACAUGUUGCUACAACGUUGUCGUAUCAUGUAUGACAACCUCAUGGACGCCAGGAUCUUGAGCGUGUUGGAACACCCAUCGGAAGAACAUCCAAUGCGCUCAUCGUACGUCCGAUACACGGCGUUCAAGACUCCGGCGUUGCUACGCAACCACCGCGAUAUGUGCGUCGUAGUAGCCACGGAUGUUAUCCAUCGUCCGGACGGAUCAACUGUAGGCUACUGCGUGUGGGACUCGCUCAAUUUGCCUGAGGUCUCCGAGUUCGACGUGCCUCAGGGCUUCAUCCGUAGUCGUAUGUUCCGUUCGGGAUAUUUCGUUCAGAACAGCGGGGAGCCCAAUUCGGAAACGAAAGUUGCGUACAUUGUCGGCAUUGAAGCCGGCGGGUUCGCACCCCGGCUAGCAGCGCGGUACGUCAUGCCUCGAUUCGGCGCCGUACUCAGCCGAGUUGUCGGUCACUUGCGACGUAAGCAACUCGAUCCGUCGACGUUUGCACCUCAAGCCGAAUGGACUGACAAGCAUAAGGCAGAAUUCUGCCAGUGUUGCAGCAAACACUUCGGUGCCGUCAAAUUGCUCGACACUCGCCGAUACAACUGCGUGGUCUGUGGCGACGCGAUCUGUCACGCGUGCCACCAUGUUGAAGAAGUAGAAGUGCGCGGUGCAAGGAAUACCACCGUGGGGAUCUGUGUGGGCUGCAAGACAGCGUCGCGCAAGCAAUCUCGCAUUUCGCGCUGGUCCUCGCGAUGGAAUUCCAGCAUUUCCACAGACUCGACAGAGUCGUCCACCAGGUCUCUGCCGAUUUAA